AUGCGUUCAUUCGUUUGCGACUUUUGGGAAUCUAUCAGGUAUAAUGACGAACCAGGGUGUGGAUACGAGGAGUCCCAGCUAAACUUUGCGCUGCACGUGCGCAUGGGAGAUAGACGAGAGUUGGAGGGAGUGACCCCCGAGUACUUCUCCCUGUUGGAAGACUUCAUGGCGACCGUAACGCAAGCGGUCGUGGAGAGAGAACAGGCCGCACCAAUGUUUCACGUCUUUUCCGAAGCCCUCUACCCGUGCCCCUCCCCAGAGAACGCAACGUUCACUGAGUUCCCGUUAUGGCCGGUAGAGCGCGACCAGGUUGAUCUGAAUGUGUCGCUCCACCGACUUUUCUCGUUGUCGAACGAAAAGGUUUCCGUCUGCCUGCGGAACGCGGCCGAACAGGGCGCCCCGGCGUCGCGAAAGGGCACCUUCCGCGUGGAGGGCAGGCCCGUCCUCCUUCACCUCGGACGGAACGCCGCCGAGGCGUUGUCGUGCAUGGUCCACGCGGACGGCUUGCUCAUGGGGUGCUCGACCUUCGGCCAGCUGGCAGGGGUGCUCAACGGAGACAGGAUUUCAUUCUUCUCCACCGAGUGCGGGGGGCACGGGGCCCCGCUGCAGUCCAAGAUGAUACCCCCCCUGGCCGUGGCAGAGAGGGGGCGGAUGUGGGUCCCCAUCGCAGGGUCUUGGCGAGAUCCUGUUCUAAGGGCGAAGCACAUUUUUUCUGCGGCCUUGGACGCGCUGCUCAAGCGCAAAGCAGGGUAG